CGCAGCGCAGCUCCAUGUAAACAAAACAGGGCUGCUGUUAGUUUCUGCUUCUUCCGCUGAGCUUCGCCUCAGAGAUCAGAUCCAGGUUUCAUCCUGUUAUGGAGCUGAAGGCGUGAGCGUGUGUCCCGCAGCCCGCCAACAUGUCGAUGGAGGAUCCGUUUUUCGUCGUGAAAGGGGAGGUGCAGAAGGCAGUGAACACAGCCCAGGGUCUUCACCACAGAUGGAGCGAGCUGCUGCAGGACCCUGCAUCUGCCUCCAAGGAGGAGAUGGACUGGACCACCAACGAGUUGCGGAACAGCCUUCGGUCCAUCGAGUGGGACCUGGAGGACCUGGACGAGACCAUCAGUAUUGUCGAAUCCAACCCAAAGAAGUUCAACUUGGAUGCAGCUGAGCUGUCCAAACGCAAAGCCUUCAUCACCAGCACCAGGCAGACAGUCAAGGAAAUGAAAGAGCAGAUGUCGAGUCCCACAGCUGCAGCCGGUACUGAGCAGCGGGGCAGACAGGGUGGGCGGGGCUCUCAGGCCCCCUGGCAGCCUGCAGCAGAUAAACUGGGGGGUUUGGAGCGGCAGCUGCAGACGGCCAACUCUCAGUUCAUCGAGGAGCAGCAGACACAGCAGCAGCUGAUUGCGGAGCAGCAGGAUGAGCAGCUGGAACUCGUGUCGGGAACCAUCGGCGUUCUGAAGAACAUGUCUGAGAGGAUCGGCAUGGAGCUGGACGAACAGGCAGUGAUGUUGGAUGAUUUCAGCCAUGAGAUGGACAACACUCAGUCCAGACUCGACAACGUCAUGAAGAAACUGGCAAAAGUUUCCCACAUGACGAGCGACCGCCGGCAGUGGUGUGCGAUCGGUGUCCUGCUGGCCAUCCUCUUCGUUGUCAUCCUGCUCUUCUUCAUCCUCUGAUUGGAAGUCGUCGUCCUCCUCCUCCUCCUCCUGUCAGCAGGGAACUCGACUGGAUUCGACUGGUUGUCCUCCUCUUCAUCCUUUGAACAGCAUCGUCAUCCUCCUCUUCUUCCUCCUUUGGCAGGGUUGUCCCAGUGCCCGGUCACUCUGGUCAUACCGGCUGUCACCAGUAGGGGGUGACCGAAGCAUCAAACUUUUUGUUGAUCAGAAGCUUCAGUUAUUGAUCCGGUUAUUGACGACUGUUUGGUUUUCAAAGUCUCCUCUCGCUGCAGCUGUUUGGUUGCUAUGGCAACAUGAAGUGAUCAGUGAACAGUGAACUACGUUUGCAUCGUUUGCCAUCACCAUUUCCAAAGUUUGUCAAUUGCCUCGUCUCAUCAUUGUCUGGUUCAACCCAUUGAUUGGUUUGAAUUCUCUGGCAUGAUUGGACAGUCUUGGCUGAUCUGUAAUCAGUGCUGAAAAAGAUUUUAUUCUCAUUAUCGAUCAGUUUGUUGUUGGUGUGUUUAUUCUUCAUCUGACCAACUUCAACCUGGAGGCUCUGAAUGAGCUUUAACUUCCCCACUCAAAGUGACAGUUAGUACUGUCACACUAACGAGACCAUAACAAGAUCAUAACCAGACCAUAACCAGACCAUACGUCACCGUGACAACCCUGCUGCUGGACUUUAUACUAAACUGUCCGGAUUUUGUCAGAACUGCUCUGAGCUGGUCUGUACUGGUCCGAACCGGUCUGUACCAGUCUUUUCCUGUACUUUAAAACCAACCUGCUGAAUUGGACUGAAAAGGCACUUUCAUAUUUUUAGUAUUGACUAUCAGAGGUCAACCAGGGUGGAAAUAUGUUUCACUACAUUUUAGUGUUAUAAUGUUUUAGAAAAUAAUGUUGGUGUUUGUUUUGUUUUAUUUAAAGUUUUUGUCCUCCUCCGUAACACACUGACCUCUUAAAGCCGGUUCAAAUCCAAGAAAAAUUCAAACUGAAACGAGGUCAAGUCUUGCUGGCCUGACUGGAGCCAUCAUGUGAGCGGGUUUAUCACUAAAAACACUAAAGUCUUUCUCCUUUUUUUUUUUUUUUUGUUGAUGUUCUUUUUGUUUUUUAUUUGACUUCUGUUGACUUCAAUGUUUUUUAAGUAUUUGUCUCUACUUCAUUUGACUGAAUGAGAUGAUGGUAGUUAUAAAAGUAGUUUUGAAUGACCCUUAAGGUGGAAUCUUUGUGGUUUAAAUGAUUCAGCAUCAGUUGUUCUCCUCCCAGUUCAUUUGCUACAGUGUAAAAUGGUGAAUUACACCUUUAGUUUGCUGCUGAUUCCUCAGCUGAACUGGGUUCAUCUGGAAACCCACACAGCUAAUCAGUGUGUGUGUGUGUGUGUAUCAUUGGGGUUCAGCUAACAUGGACACCACUUAUAUCACUUGAUUGAAACUGCUGAUAUUCAGUAUCUUAAAUUUUUUUUUUUUUUUUUUUGAUCAUUUUCAUGCUAAGGAAGACAUCAUUUCAAGUCUCCCCCAGACUGCGUCCAUCUUAUUUUGGAAUGUGGAGGUAAACAUUUGGUCCAACUUCCUCUUUUUUGUGCUGCCCUUCCAUUUGAACGCCUUCCUGCUGGCUAGCUUGACUCGCUUAUUGUUAUGACGAUGCUGUGGGAGCUCUUCCAAAAAUCAAUCAGUUGUGUUGCUGCUGCGGUGCAAAGGGAGUUAGCUAACCCAGGACCAGAAGUCUCACACAAAGAGAUGAAAACUGGCUGCAUCUGUAUUUCUGUUGAAAAUAAGGUGAAUUACUGAAACAUCAUGUGACACAAACACUCCACUGAAAUACAGAAUAUCAAUAAAUUAAUAAAUUAAACAUUAAUAAUAAUAUAUCAGUGUGUGUGAUGAGUUUCAGUUGAGGUCAGGUAUCGCUGUGACAGUAAAUUUGUGAGGGGUCAGCUUUCAGGAGAACCUGCAAGCUCUGUAACAAACUGCAUAAAGACUUCACACCUUCCUGUGAUUGGAUUGUUUGUUCUGGUUCUGGCCUGAAAGCCUCCACACCCCAACAAGAGCAAAAACACUUAAAUCUACUUCCUGUUUCUGUCUGAUUGAGCAGAUUCCCUGGCACUGUCCACCGUCGUUCUGCGUUUGCUGCAUCCGUUUCGACAUGAAGCCCCUGCGCAGCUGAGCGAAAUCUGCCAGUAGUUGGAGUCGUUCUGUGGGUGUUGCAUCCUUACUCAGAAAUCAGCUCAAACAGUAAAAUCACAGCUGCUCAGUUUGCAGAACGGUACUGGAAUGGGCAGAUGAUUUAACACCAGCUGACUUUUCGUCGCUAGCAGGCUAACUAGCAUGAGUGCGGAAAAUCCCACAGAUUGGUGGCUGGACUUGGACGAGCUGUGGAGAAAACCUGGAUGGAGUAUUGUAAAUUGAGAGAACUGAAGUCGAAUAAACAUUUAAUCAGACCAAA